GGGGGAGCCCCCCCUGCCGAGGGCGGGGGGAGGCGGAAAUGGCCGGGGUCAGCGCGCCCUGGCUCGCCCCCGACCCGGAGGCCGCUGGGUAGCGCCUUGUGGGGGUCGUUGGGGGAGGUUGAGGCCAGGGCUCCGACCUGCUGACCCGCUCUUGUUUGUAUGUGCCCGCGCAGGGAGACAUGGAGAACUAUUUGGCGGCCGCGGCGCUGAACGCGGUGGACCGACGAUCCUUACAGCGCUCGGCUAGGCUAGGUCAAGAAGUGCUGGAGCGGGCCAGGAGGAGGGCGGUGGACUGGCAUUCUCCAGAGCUUCCCAAAAGCAGCGUGAGGGUCAUUGCCCGGGAGCCGCCCUACCAAGGAAGACGGCCCGGAGCCGGCCCCCAGCGCCUUCUCCUAGGAGAGAGAGAAGAAACAUGCCCAACCCUCAGUGCUUCCUUCAGAACAAUGGCUGAAUUCAUGGACUAUACUUCAAGUCAAUGUGGGAAAUAUUAUUCGUCUGUGCUAGAGGAAGGAGGGGCAACCCACGUCUAUCGUUACCACAGAGGGAAGUCAAAGCUGCACUUGUGCUCGGACGUAGGGAAUGGUCAGAGAAAAGAAACAUCCCUUGGUCUUGGAGGCAUCUAUCAAGCUGCAGAAUGUGCUCUAGAGGCAUCCCAGCCACUUCCAGUGUUUUAUUCUAUAGGAGAACCAGUCCUCCGAGGGAGAGCUUUUGCCAGCCAGCUGACUUGCCACGUGACAAAAUGGAAUCUACUCAUAGUGUUCACAGCUUUAAGAGAAUGUUUCAUCGUCCUAAUAAUAAAUUUAGCAAAGCCAAGUGAAAAAGAAUGAUUCCCAUUAUUCUAAGGUGCCUUGGCAUUACUGCUAAUCAGUGCUAACAUAUGCCACUAUCUGCUUUUGAUCCCCAAACCAAACCUUUCCCUAUAUCUACUUUUUAUCUUUCCAGUCCAACUAGAGUGUUCCUUUUAUGAUCCUUCAUGUUCCUGUAACACUUGAGCCUUUACAGAGUGUGUUCACAUGCAUGCUUAUUUGUGAGGUAUUAUCACAGUCUUAGAAAUAAGGAAACAAGGAUAAGGAGAGGCUGAGACUCACCUGAAGGGUGGUGCUGUUGUACGGCUGACACUCGAAAGCAGGACCUCCAUCUCCCACAUUAGCGCUUCAUUCCAUCCGGCCCCUGGCACACAAAGGUAGCCUGGCGGAGGUGCCCAGGGCGUUGGGCUAUAAAAUCUCUAAACUGC